UUUUUCUGCAAAAUGGCCAGUGUUGAGAACAACCAAAACAUUGAACAGGAAGAUGACGAGGUGAACGACUCGAAGAUUGAUCCGUUACUUGGCGAUUCUCAUGAAUACACCAUUGCAGCGGUAGGGAAUGUCACGGAUGCGGAAGGGGUGGAUCCAUCUCCGGCGCCGUCAACCGAUAUGGUGCUGUUGUUAAAGGAAGAACCGGAGGAAAACGAUUUGCGAGUUUCUACGUCAGUUGGGAUGAAUAUGCAAUUGCAAAAGGUAGAGAAACAGCCGGUGAAAAGAUCUUCAAAGGACCGGCACACGAAAGUCGAAGGCCGUGGUCGGCGAAUCCGUAUGCCGGCAGCUUGUGCUGCUAGAAUCUUCCAAUUAACGCGGGAACUAGGUCAUAAAUCGGAAGGUGAAACUAUAAGGUGGCUUCUAGAACGCGCCGAGCCAGCAAUCAUUGCCGCUACUGGAACGGGUACGGUUCCGGCCAUCGCCGUAUCAGUAAACGGAACGCUGAAAAUACCGACGACUUCUCCGGCGGCAAACGAGGGAGAAAGCUCGACGAAGAGAAGGAAAAGGGCUGCAAAUAGCGAGUUUUAUGACGUACAUGAGGGGUCAAAUUUUGCACCCGUGGCUCCCAUUGCCCCACAAGGUCUUGUUCCUGUCUGGCCAGUGGGCUCUGGGAAUGGACUUGUACCAACCACUGCAUUUACCGGUGGGGCAACUUUCUAUAUGCUGCCGCCAGGCACUAAUACAACAGUUGGGGCUCAGUUGUGGGCCACUCCAAUAUUUAACGUACCUGGAAGACCCAUUUCAAAUUUUGUAUCUGCAAUGCAACCUGGUAUGGGUUAUGCAGCAGGAGGGGUCUCUGCUGCUAAUGAGGUUCAUUUGAGCAGCUCUUGUGUGUCAAAAAGUGAUAACAAUGGAGACAAGUUAAGCACUGUUGCUUCAACCAUGGCUCCAAGUUCGAGUUCUACUGGUUCCACAACCACAAGUACUACACAGAUGCUUAGGGAUUUUUCAUUGGAGAUUUAUGACAAGAGAGAGCUUCAGUUUAUGGUUGGUUCUGGCUCCAGUGAAAAUGAUCAAACUUCCUCUUCUAAAUCCUGA